GGACUUCAGCAUUUGCAUGAAAACAAAACCAUCCAUCGUGAUAUUAAGGGAAAUAAUAUUCUUUUGACCACUGAAGGAGGAGUCAAGCUUGUGGAUUUUGGUGUGUCUGCUCAGCUGACCAGCACUCGUCUCCGUCGGAACACCUCCGUGGGCACCCCGUUCUGGAUGGCUCCAGAGGUGAUUGCCUGUGAGCAGCAGCUAGAUAGCUCCUAUGAUGCCAGAUGUGAUGCAUGGUCACUGGGUAUUACUGCAAUAGAGUUGGGAGAUGGAGAUCCACCCCUUGCUGAUUUGCACCCUAUGAGGGCACUCUUCAAAAUACCAAGGAAUCCUCCUCCAACACUGCAGCAGCCUGAACUGUGGUCACCGGAAUUCAAUGACUUCAUUAACAAGUGCUUGACUAAAGAUUAUGAGAAGCGUCCAACAGUAUCUACCCUUUUGCAGCAUGAUUUUAUUAAGCAAGUUGAAGGAAAAGAAAACGUGCUACAAAGGCAACUCAUGGAAUUUAUUGAUGUUCAUCAACAAAUGGGAGUCACUGAAAAGGCAAGAUUUGAACGUAUUCAUACAAAGAAAGGGAACUACACUAAGUCACUAGUUUCAAACCAGGAAGAAGUAGAUGAUCUAGCAACCUUGGAGGUACUAGAUGAGAAUACAGUAACAGAGCAGUUGCAGAAGGGUUACGCCAAGGAUCAGAUCUACACAUACGUUGGGGACAUUCUCAUUGCGGUCAAUCCAUUUCGGAACAUAGACAUUUAUUCUUCACAGCAUUCCAAACUGUAUAUUGGAGCCAAGCGGACUGCCAACCCUCCUCAUAUUUUUGCUGUUGCUGACAUAGGUUAUCAGUCCAUGGUGACUUACAACUCCGAUCAGUGCAUUGUUAUUUCUGGAGAAAGUGGAGCUGGCAAGACACAAAGUGCCUUUUUUUUGACUGUCCUGGGCAAGGCUAAUAACAGGACUCUACAGGAGAAGAUCCUCCAGGUGAAUAACCUCGUAGAAGCAUUUGGAAAUGCAGGCACUAUCAUCAAUGAUAACUCAAGCAGAUUUGGAAAAUAUUUGGAAAUGAAAUUCACUUGUGGUGGCACUGUAGUAGGAGCUCAAAUUUCAGAGUAUCUCCUUGAAAAAUCCAGAGUUGUCCACCAGGCUGUAGGAGAGAAAAAUUUCCAUAUUUUUUAUUAUAUUUAUGCUGGUCUGGCAGAAAAGAAAAAACUGGCGCACUAUAAACUGCCAGAAUAUAGACCUCCCAGAUACCUGCAAAACGAUCAUUUCAGAAUAGUGCAAGAUUUCAUGAAUAACAGCUUUUAUAAGUCUCAGUUUGAGUUAAUUGAACAAUGCUUCAAAGUUAUAGGUUUUACACUGGAGGAGCUUGGAAGUGUGUACAGUGUCCUGGCUGCCAUUUUAAAUGUCGGUAACAUCGACUUUUCUGCGGUGGUAUCUGAACAUAUGAUUGACAAGAGCAACAUUUCCAAUCCAGUAGCCCUUGAGAACUGUGCAUCCUUGCUGUGUAUUCAGGCAGAUGAACUGCAAGAGGCCCUCACCUCUCACUGUGUAGUGACUCGAGGAGAAACAAUUAUUCGUCCCAACACUGUGGAAAAAGCCACUGAUGUCAGAGAUGCCAUGGCCAAAGCACUGUAUGGGCGCCUCUUUAGCUGGAUAGUCAAUCGCAUCAACACUUUGCUCAAACCUGACAAACAUUUAAGUGGAAACGAUGAUGGUUUGAACAUUGGAAUUCUUGAUAUCUUUGGCUUUGAGAAUUUCAAAAAAAAUUCCUUUGAACAACUCUGUAUCAACAUUGCCAAUGAACAAAUUCAGUUCUACUUCAAUCAACAUGUCUUUGCCUGGGAACAG